CGUUCUGUUAUGUGACGAAAUAUAUUGAAGAUCACACAUUAAAGAGAUCGCCACCAUGAAGAUUGUAGACAAAAUGAACGAGUCUAUAAAGGCGGGGAAGACUUUUUUCUCCUUUGAAUUCUUUCCACCCAGGACUGAUGAGGGGGUAGAGAAUCUAUAUAGCCGCCAACAUCGCAUGGCAGCCUAUGGUCCAACCUUCUGCGACAUCACGUGGGGCGCUGGAGGCACUACAGCAGACCUCACCUUGGACAUCGCUGCUAAGAUGCAGAAUACGGUGGGUGUUGAGACCAUGAUGCAUUUGACGUGCACCAACAUGCCAGAGAGUCAGCUGGAGAAUGCUCUGGACAAGGUCAAGAGCUAUGGCAUCCAGAACAUCCUGGCCUUGAGGGGUGACCCACCAAAGGGGCAGGAGACCUUCACAGUGGUGGAGGGUGGCUUCUCCUGUGCGCUGGACCUAGUCAAGUACAUCAAGGCGAAAUACGGAGAUUUCUUUGGCAUCACAGUAGCAGGCUAUCCAGAGGGUCACCCUGAUGCCAUUGUCAGCAACCCAGAGGAGAUGGACAAGGCAUACUGGGCUGACCUCCACUAUCUGAAGGAGAAGAUUGAUGCUGGUGGCGAGAUCAUUGUGACGCAGCUCUUCUACGAUGUGGACCGCUUCUUCAAAUUCGUGCAGGAUGUCCGGUCCCUCGGCAUCACCUGCCCCAUCAUCCCAGGCAUCAUGCCCAUCAUGACAUACGGCGGUUUCAAACGCAUGACCUCCUUCUGCAAGACGGCCAUCCCUUCCGAGAUCAGCGAGCACUUGGAGAAGAUCAAGGACAACGAUGAGGCAGUGAAGGCCUAUGGAAUUGAGCUGGGCACCCAGAUGUGCCGCCGCCUGCUGGAGGCCGGCACGCCAGGCCUGCACAUGUACACGCUCAACCUCGAGAACGCCAGUGUCUCAAUUUUGCAGAACUUGGGCCUCAUAGAGAAGUCACAGGUGUCGGCCACCGUCCAGGUACAAAUUAGCAAUGACAGCAAGGUCAAGAAGGGCACCGAGAAGGUGGAAGAGAGCCUGUCAAAUGGCGCAGAACUAGCUGUCGCUUAAUCUAGCGUGCUGAUGUCCAGAUUGAAUCUGCCCUUAACAUCUGUUAAGGGUUCCUGACCGCCGUACACAUCGGCGGGCUCUUUCAGCUGGUUCUCAUAUGUCUUGCCGGCCCGACGCUUAGCGCCAGCAUGGUUGCAAUGACAUUUGAUUCCCUAGCCAAGUUGUUGUAGACCAGGGAAUGACUGCAAUUGUAACAUUCCAGCAGAGAUCUGCACAACACCGUGCAAGUGUCCAGGCCGUCAGAAUUUGCAUUUGGUAAAGGCUGGAGAAUUAUCCCAGCAUGAGGCAACAUUAUGAGUGUCCAGACUAGUCCUUUGUGAAGCAUGGCAGGAUGCAUUAGGUGCAUUAAUGUCACCAGGUGGGCCACAGCUGGGAGAAUGCGGGCCUCGAGGCUGAAAUUUAUGAUCAUAAAAAAAUCACGUGUUGGGCCU